GCGGAUGAGGCAGAAAGACCUAAGCUGGCCUUUGUGGGGCCUUUGUGGGCGGAAGCUGGGGAGGUGGCCCCGCCCACACCUCGCCGUAUAUAUUGGGGUGUCCAAUUUUUCAGGCUGUCACACUUUCUCACUUGUGGGUUAGUCUGAACAGCAUCCGGUGGAAAAAAUGUCGCAGUACUCGGGAAAGAUAGUCUUCUACGAGGGAAGAUGCUUCACAGGGAAGUGUCUCGAGGUGUAUGGCGAUUGUGACAAUUUCCAGGACCGUGGGUUCAUGAACCGCGUCAACUCCAUCCGCGUGGAGAGCGGUGCCUGGAUUUGCUACGACCACCCCGACUUCCGGGGCCAGCAGUACAUCCUGGAACGUGGCGAAUACCCAGAGUUCCAGCGCUGGAAUGCCCACAAUGACCACAUGGGCUCUUGCAGGACCAUCCGCAUGCAUGGAGAGCGCUACAGAAUUGAGCUCUUUGAGGGCACCAACUUCUCUGGCCAGUGUGUGGAGUUCUGUGACGACUGCCCCUUCCUGCAGGGCCGCUGCUUCACCAGCAACUGCAUCAGCUCCAUCAGGGUCUACGGUGACGGAGCCUGGGUGCUUUAUGAAGAGCCCAACUACCGUGGACGUAUGUACAUUGUGGAGAGGGGAAACUACUGCAAUUUCAGCGAAUGGCACGCCCAGAAUCCCAACAUUCAGUCUAUUCGGCGUGUGGUCAACUACUUUUAA